ACAUGCCCUUUAACUGCUUCUUACAGUACAGUGCUCACUCUGAAGUGAUAAUAACGCAUAAUUAAUAGAUUGGAGAACAGUAAAAAUAGUUGUUUAGUGAUUAUACUACAAUUUGAAGUGAAUGUUAGCAGUCACUAUGAAAAACUCUUAACUUAGCCAGAGUUUCAGGAACAAUGCGCGUUUAACAAACAAAUUAUUUUUGCAGGUGAAACAAAAACAAUCCCUAGUGGAUUUUGAAUUUGUCAUUUUAUGCACAAAAGUGUUUCUUCAGUCAUUGAGGUACCCGAUCUCUCGUCUUAAUCGUCAUCAGCAUCAAAACAAACAGAAGGGUGAAAGUCCUCAGCAUCCUUGUCCCUGCCCCGCAUCCCGGAAGUCCAGCAUCAUCUGCUCUUUCAGGAAGAGACGCAGCAUCGUCAGAGCUGUGACAACAACGGGGACGAAGGCAAAACAUCGGCCUGACUGGCAUAUAUUCCGUCCUAUUUGCAAGUGGAAUUCACAUGAACCGGAUACGGCUUGAAGACCUCCACCUGAUGUCCUGAGGGGCUGGAUGACUUGUAGUCUGCAAUCAGACCAAUGAAGUGACCAACAGGAUACAAUGUCAUCAUUCCAGGUGGUGGACUCCUCGCCGGGCAGCAGCGUCAGCGUCAUGGAAACGUCCAACUUCGCCCACGUCAUCUUCCAGAAUGUGGGGAAGAGUUUCCUGCCCCAGGCACCCCUGGAGUGUCGCUACACCCUGACCCCUUACAUCACCCCUCACCCAAAAGACUGGGUGGGCAUCUUUAAGGUGGGUUGGAGCACAGCCAGAGAUUACUACACCUUCCUCUGGUCUCCUAUGCCUGAAAACUAUGAACCAGGAAGCAAUGUGCACAGGACUGUGGUGUUUCAAGGUUAUUAUGUUCCCAAAUCUGACGGAGAGUUCUACCAGUUCUGUUAUGUGACACAUUCUGGUGACAUCAGAGGAGCCAGCACCCCGUUCCAGUUUAGGUGCGCCACGCCCACCGAGGAGCUCCUGACUGUUACGGAGGAUGACAGCAACUCAGACAUACUGGUCGUCACCACCAAGACCGGUCUGCUAGAGCAUGUGGAGGAGGCACAGCAGGAGCGCAGGGAGCUGCUGAAGGCCAUGCGAGUCCUUCAGGAUGAGAAGCAGCAGCUGCAGGAGGAGCAGAAACGACUGGCCAGGGAGAGGGAGCAGGAGAGGGAGACGUGCUGCCUGCUGCGGACACACAACCAGGAGCUGCUGCGUUCAUCGCAGGGCCUGUCAGAGGAGCGGGAGGAGGUGAGGAGGAGGCUGACGGAGGCCACAGACCGGGUCCGGCAGCUGGAGGAGGACCUGCUGGGAGUCACCCAGAGAGGCCUGCAGAAGGAGACGGAGCUGGACUGUCUGCGAGACCGCCUGAAGAAGCUGACGGUAGAGAGGGACAGCCUUGAGGGCCAGCUGAAGAACGAGAAGGAUGAAAGGGACCUGUACAAGGCCCACUUGCGCAGCACAGAGCUGGAGAACACUAAGCUAAGCGCAGAGCUCCAGAUGCUGAAGGCGGUGGAGCUGAACCGAGAGGUAACCAUCGCACAGUUUCAGGAGGAGCUGGACAGGCUCAGAGCUUGUGUCGCCCAGCGGGACAGCCUGGAGAAAGAGCUGCUGGCACACAAGGCUGACAAGGCAGAGCUGUGCCGUGUGCGUGAGCAGCUCCGCCAGGCAGAGGAGCAGCUCCAGGCGUCGCGGCAGCAGGCCUCACUGCUAGCCUCGGAGCUCCGAGACUCAGCCAGCGCCCGUGACCACACGAUGACUGAGCUUUACCGCGCCCGCUUGGAGGCUGACAAGCUCCGUGCCAGUCUUGCUGAUGCUCAAGCUGAAUGUCAACGUAUGGAGAGCCAGCUAGACCGCAUGAGGAGCACUGCACAGAAGGAAGUGGGUGUUGGGACAAGUGGAGAGAUAACACCCAGCAUCAUGGUGGUGUCGGAGGCCGAGGCUGAGCUGCAGAGAGAGGUGGAGGAGCUGAAGCUGCGCCUCCACAUGGCUGCAGAGCACUACAAGGAGAAGUACCGGGAGUGUCAGCGCCUUCGCAGGCAGGUCGCUAAACUGAACACAACUGAGGCACAGGGGGAGCCGAAGAGAAAUGCAUCCACGGAAACUACGCUGGAGCCACUGACGCCAAGUCCAGACUCGCCAACAACAGGAUGUAUAGCUGCUGCAGUCCUUCAUGAAGCCGCUGAGAUGACAAUCACUCGAGACCUCAGUGACAGGGAAUCCUCACACGCAGAUCUGUACAACAGCACAGAGAAGGAGGAAGAUCAAAGAGAGACAAAGCCAAAGGAUAGACCUGAGAUGGAGGCCGCAGGAGAUUCAAACCAAGAGGAGAACAGACAGAAGGAUGACAAAGAAAAAGAAGAGAAUAAAGACAGCCUGCCAGAGGAGAGCCUGAGGAUGUUGAGCUGGGUGGAGGUGGAGAACGAGAGGAUGAGCACCAAAGAAGAGCCCAGCAGCGGCGAGGCCGAGGCAGCACAGACGGCUGAAAACUUGAAGGAAGUUGCGGCAGAGCAGGUGCCGACGGAGGUAGCAGGGAGGAGAGGUGGGGAGGCGGAAAAGGAGCAGAGUCGGUCAGUGGAAGAGGAGCUGGCGAUGAUGGAGGAGAAGUGGAGGGAGCAGUGUGCAAUCAACGAGACGCUCAAACAACGGCUGGCUGACGAGGAGGAAAGAUUCAGAGUUCAGAUGGCAGAGCGAGCCAGUGAAGUGACGGAGCUGAAACGCAACCUCGCCCAGGCCCUCAGAGACAAAGAACAACUGCAGGAGGAGCUGCAGCGCUACGUGUGCAGGCAGAGGGAGCAGGAAGCUUGUGCUCAGGGUGCUGACAUGAGGCAGCCCAUGAUGCUGCGCUACCCCCUGCCAUACCCUCAGGACCCUUCUCCUCCACCCCUGGUGCCACAUAGGCCCGCUGAGCUGCAGUAUGGCAAUCCCUACUCCACCGACACCACAAGAGAUCGGGUGGAAGCGGCCCCGUCUCCUGAGCACAUGUCCCGUCCCCCACCUGAGGCCCCAUCCUGCGCCCCUCCCUGCGCACCCCCGAUCACACCUCCAAGUCCGAGCGCGGGUGCACCAGACUGGAACCAAGAGGUGGUCUGCAUCCAGCCCGCCCGCAGCACCACCCCCCCUGAAGGCACGGAGCACCCGGCGGAGGAGCCGAGAAAUGCUGCUGACGGGGCUCAGUCGUCCUGUGACCAUCAGUCCAGCAGACGCAGCGAAGCCAGGAGCAGCUUCUGUUUUGACUCCAGGAGUGACGUCCACAAGCGCUGCCCGUUAUGCGAAGUGAUCUUCCCGCCCCACUUCGAGCAGCGCAGUUUCGAGCAGCACGUAGAGAGCCACUGGAAGGUCUGCCCCGUCUGCUCCGAGCAGUUCCCCCUCAACUGUCAGCAGCAGCUCUUCGAGAGACACGUCCUCACGCACUUUGACGGCCACGUGCUCAACUUCGAGCAGAUUGAAUGAAGGAUGUAAAGGUGGAGGUGUUGAUUUCUGAUGUGGGUAAAUGUGUGCUGUCAACUAUUAGUUCACCAUGACCGGGGUUCGGUUAAGCGGUCUUGUUAAAAUACAUCAUUAGCACUUUUUUGCAAUCUUGACACAGGUUAGGGAGAAUGUAGUCUGAGAGGAAGAGUUUGUCGUUUGGUGGCGACUCCACCAAGAGUAGCUGUCACUUUAAAUCACAGUAGGUGAAAGGAUCAUUAACACUUCAGUAUAGUGCCAUGGUCCUUUACUUUUAUAUUAUUUUUAUGCCCAUUUUUCUGCCUCAACGGGGCAACACAACACCAGUAGUGCAUGCAUGUAUUCUGCGAUCAACACUACAAAAUGAAAACUAAAAGCGAGUUUUAGCAGGAACUUGAACAUGGUUAAAGAAGCAAGUCAUGUUUAAAGUGUUUGUUCAGAAAAAAAUCUUUACAAUGAGUUCAAUUCUCUUGUGAUAAAGCAGCCAAUUUUUUAAUUGUCCCGUAAUUCAAAGCUCGAAAUGACAAAAUAGACAAAGGCAGAUUUUUUAAAGUGUAAAUGCAGAGCGAUAUCGGAACAAGUGAUGUCUUAAAGAUGAGUGUGUGUUUUAUUUAAGAGGGUGGUGGAGAUGUUUUGACUUGAAUGGGAGGAACCUUUGAUUUCCCCCUGACUUAAGUACUGCUGUACGUAUGAAAGUGUUUGCAAAGAAAUCAGAUGAUUGAAACAAGAACAGCACUAUGUUUUCAUGUAACUGCACUAAACAAGGCUUUAUUCUGAAUGUAUUGUACAUAUGACAAUAAGUAUAAGGUGUUGAGCGACUUGGUGUGACCCUGCCUCCUUCCCAUUGUUACUACCUUCAUGUCUUAGUGAUGAAAGAGUGACGGUAAAGCUAUGUUUCACUCGGAUCAGCCUGUCAGAUGCUGUUUUUUUAUUGGAGAGGUUCUCUAACAAGUUUCAGGCAAAAAAAAUAAUACUGCAGGACACUGAGUUAAAAAAUUGUAAAAACUGAAAUGUGAAGGCGACUUCAUUCUGUGCAGGUUCAUGUCAUGGGUGAGUGUCAUUUGUGUCCACAGGGAUCCAUUACGCAGCUUUCAAUUUCCUGUCAUUUACAGUGACUCCUGACAGUGUUGUAUUCAGGCUUUAAAAAUUGCACAUGCCCAGUAAUCACAAGGCAAUCGUGUUUGUACGUCAUGUGUCCCACGCAGCCCUUUUCAUGAGAGGAAGGUGAAAAAAGCGUGCACUGCAAAGAUCUUUAUGAAUAAAGUCAGCUUGUCUAAAUGCA